AUGGCGUUGCCACAGUCAUAUUUACAUGGCAUGAGCAAACUUUGCAUUUGUGGAUAUCGAGCAAUCUCUUGUGAUCUCCAACAGGGGCUUUUUUUUAACUUUUCUAAGGAAGAAGAGAAAAAGAAGGGGGGGAUUCUAAAGGUUAUGUUGAAGGAUCCAGGCCAAAUGUCUUCUUUCUUCUAUCGUCCUACUAGCUCAAAUAUGGUACUCUAUAGUACAAUAAUACCUGAAAUCACUUUCGAAAAAUGGCGAUCUUUUAAAGCUAGGGAGUUCAUUUCACUUUACACUAGUCUAACAAAGCAGCUCAUCUGA